CACUCUAUAAAUACUUAAAUUGCAUUCAUCUCUACACACUUGAAUUGCAUUUCCUCUAUCAAAAUUUCCAAAUCAUGGCUAGCUCAAUGCUUAUUAAGGUUACUUGUUUGUCUGUGAUGUGCUUGCUUUUGGCCAUUCCAUUAGCAAAUGCAGACCCUGAUCCUAAAUGUAAGAACGUGGCAGAAAGUAUAAUACCAUGCGUUGAGUACAUUAUGACCCCUGAUGCAUCCAACCCCCCUGCACCAUGUUGUAAUGGGAUGACCAGUUUAGCUGGCCAAGUCCAAGCUUUACCUGAACGUCAAUUUGCUUGCAGGUGCAUCAAAGAUGGCAUAUUCGACUUACCUGAUCUCAAUCUCGCUGCCCUUGCUGCCCUCCCUAACAACUGCGGUGUCGACUUACGCUUCCAGAUUACCCCUGAUAUGGACUGUGACAAUUUAAACUAGUGUUGAGCAGCUUCCAGGGUUUGUGGUGAUAAGCAAAACAGAAUAAAGGAGAUGGCUUAAAUUCUCCGAUUAUCCCCACUAGGGUCUCUAUCCUAUGUAUUUCAAUAAUAAUUAAAAUAAAAUUUGAAAUGUUUCAGCUCGAAAUGUUUGUGAUUUACCGUGACACUUGGAUUCA